ACCCAGGGCUGCGAGCCGCUAUGGCUGAAAAGCUGUUUUGAAAGAGAAAAAUACACCAAUUAUUCAUAUCAAAAGGAUAAAAGUUUGUUUUUACAGUAUUAAAAUAACAUAAAGACAAGGGGAGCGGCAAAGAUAGCAUAUUUCGUGUCUGUCCAUGGUGGGAAAGUGAAAGAAAGGAUGGGUUUUACAGAAACGGCCAUCAGGCAUGCAGUGAUUACCUAAUCAGCAGCUGCCGUCACAACACGCUCUUCCAGCGAGUCCUAUCACCUUCCCCUCCCUCUGCGUCCAUGGUAACGGCACCAGCAGUGGCGAGAUAUAUGCCUUCAUCACAACAUUUGGGCUGAGUGGUGAGACUGACAGGGACGUGAGCGUUGUGCGCGGGAGUGAGGCGGCCAUGUCGCGCGUCCCCACCCCGCCCCCGCCGGGGGAGAUGGCCAGCGGGCUGGUGGCUGAGAGCUGGUGCUACACACAGGUUAAAGUAGUGAAGUUUUCCUACAUGUGGACCAUAAAUAACUUCAGUUUUUGCCGAGAGGAGAUGGGGGAGGUGUUGAAGAGUUCCACCUUCUCCUCAGGACCCAACGACAAGAUGAAGUGGUGUCUGCGUGUGAAUCCAAAGGGGCUGGAUGAUGAAAGCAAAGACUAUCUCUCCCUCUACCUGCUGCUUGUUAGCUGUCCAAAAAGUGAAGUUAGAGCGAAAUUCAAGUUUUCCUUACUGAAUGCGAAGAGAGAAGAAACCAAGGCCAUGGAAAGCCAAAGAGCAUAUCGAUUCGUCCAGGGGAAGGACUGGGGCUUCAAAAAAUUUAUUCGGAGAGAUUUUUUGCUGGAUGAAGCAAACGGACUCCUACCAGACGACAAGCUCACACUGUUCUGUGAGGUGAGUGUGGUGCAGGACUCGGUGAACAUCUCAGGCCAGUCCAACAUGAACAUGCUGAAGGUGCCGGAGUGUCAGCUGUCCGAGGACCUGGGCAACCUGUGGGAGUGCUCACGCUUCACCGACUGCAGCCUCUACGUCCGCGGCCAGGAGUUCAAAGCCCACAAAUCCAUCCUGGCAGCCAGAUCACCGGUUUUUAACGCCAUGUUUGAACACGAAAUGGAGGAAAGUAAAAAGAACCGAGUGGACAUCAGCGAUGUGGAACCAGAGGUUUUCAAAGAGAUGAUGGGUUUCAUUUACACAGGAAAAGCACCAAACCUGGAGAAAAUGGCUGACAAUCUGUUGGCUGCCGCAGACAAAUAUGCUCUGGAGCGGUUAAAGGUGAUGUGUGAAGAAGCUCUGUGCAGCAGCCUCUCGGUAGAGAACGUGGCCGACAUCCUGAUCCUGGCAGACCUGCACAGCGCUGAGCAGCUGAAAGCACAAGCCAUAGAUUUCAUCAACAGGUGCAGUGUCCUCAGACAGCUGGGCUGCAAAGACGGCAAGAACUGGAACAGCAACCAUGCGACGGACAUCAUGGAGACCGCGGGCUGGAAGUCGAUGAUCCAGUCCCACCCCCACCUGGUGGCAGAGGCCUUCCGAGCCCUGGCGUCUGCCCAGUGCCCCCCCUUCGGACUGCCCAGGAAGCGCCUAAAACAGUCCUGACUGGCCAGGCCCCUUGCGGACUGCUGUGGGGCGUGUGGAGCGGGGGGUGUAGUGUGUGCUCCCGCUGAGUGAGUGAGAGGAGGCGAGGCCGUCCCCGCGCGCAGUCAGCGGCAGCACGGCCGGCGCCUCACCUCCUCGGCCCGCUGGAACAGCUCGGUUUUUGGUCUUCAAGCUUUAUUUGCGACCUAUUCUGUCAUUUCGAAAUGGCCUUAAACUAUCUGCCAUUGCUCCAGAGUUUUUAUUAUUACUCCUGUAUUUAACUGUGUGCCUGCCUUGUCAAAGAGACCAGGCCCUCUCCAGAUUGCACUAGUUCCCAUAAUGCAGUAGUUUUAAAAUGGAGUUAUAGAGGAAUGUGUCAUUCAGUGUUUGAUUCCUGGGAAAUAUCAUGUAUCCUUAAUGUUUAGCCCCUUUUGUGACUAGACAUUAAAAAGUGUGGACAUAUUGUGUGCAAGGCCGUUUCUCGUCACACUUUUUAAGACAAAUAUGCCCCAUAUUGAUGGCACCAUUUUCAUAAAUGAACUCACGUUUACCAUCUUCAGAAGACUGGUGUAAAAGUUAGCUAGAGCUGUAGGAAGAGAUGCUUUUUCCAAACGCCAUAUGCAUUAUGAGGAAUUUUGUAAUGCUGGACAUCACACAGAAGGAAGUGAAUUCAAUGUGUCCCUUCUCCGCACCCCCAAAAUCAUUCAGUAAAUAUGAAGAUUUGUUUACCAAUGUCUUGUUUACACAGAUUUUUUUUGUCAUGCGUUGUCACAUUAACUGUAUUGUUCAAUGUGUAUAGAUCAUUCAUUUUUUCAAAUUACUUAGUUCUGGGCUUUAGUUCUGGGCUGUUUUACCAAAUGGCAAAGCUCUGUAUGUUCUAGAAUGAAUUCUCUGGUUAACAAGAAGAAAGAACUUUGAAUGGAAAGAAUUACAGGCUGAGAAGGUGCAUGUUUUUGUUUUGUGGGGGGAUUUGAGAUGUGGCAUUGUCUGCCUUCACUCCGGUGAGGAUUAUGCAUAUGUGUAAAGAUAUUAACCCUAGAUGUGCUGGAAUAUGGACAGGAUGCUGAGCAUCUGUGUUCCGGUGGCAUUGCUAUGAUGUAAUAUGUAAAGCGGAAUAGAGUUUUAACUCUCUUUGAUAAUUGUCAGAAUCUGGAUGUUGUCUGAGUGGCUCUGAUCUUGCUGUAGCCUUAACACACACAUUCAGUUAUCACACUUGCCGGUUUUGUGUUUUGCUUAAACGUCUAAAAUUGUUACAUUUUUUUCCAGUUGAUUUGUUUUUAGGAACUUUAAGUUUGGGACUCCUUACUUGUGAAAUGGUUUGUUUCCCAGGAGUGACUGCGUUAACUCCUUACGAAAUGAUACUCCAGUGAUUGGCAGCAUAUUGUUUACAGAGAGAUGUUUCCUUACCGAAGUGUUUAAAAUGCGCUCAGUGCACACCUGCUCUUUAUUUCACUUUGGUCAUUUUCAUGUUUUUGUUCAUUUACAUUUGACCUCUUUUCCUCAGUGAAGUAAGUCUGUUGGCCAAACCUGUACCAAAGCAGAAGUACUUCCUACAGAAGAUUGGCUGCUGUACCUUGCCAUGACAUCGUUGAAAUAACAUUUGUGUCUUGAGAA